UAAUUGUCUCUUCAGGACACUCGGAACUUUCUACAAACACCUGGUGUUUGAGAUUGAAAAGUACCGCUAUUGAGAAAAUUUCAUCAAUUGCUACGAAAAGAAAGGAAAAACAAUGAAUGAAGAUAACGAUGAAAAAAGGUCAGCUACAUCCCAGAAACAAAUGACCACAAUUUCGCAACAUAGUUUUGGGUUUUCUGAGCCAGGCCAAACUAAUGAAGAAGCUUUCUCUAUUAGUAUCUUGGAGAACAUAGAGGAAGAGUAUGGAAUGUUUGUGUGGCCAUGUAGUAUUGUUUUGGCUGAGUAUAUCUGGCAACAAAGAUCAUUCGUUACUGGGAAAUCUGUUCUUGAGCUUGGUGCUGGAACUUCUUUGCCUGGUUUAGUAGCUGCAAACGUUGGGUCCGAUGUCACAUUAACAGAUGAUUCAACCAGACCAGAGGUACUGGGAAACAUGAGAAGAGUUUGUCAUCUCAAUAAACUCAACUGUAAGAUAAUGGGAAUCACUUGGGGUGAAUGGGAUCUACCUAUAUUCAAUCUACAACCGAGCAUCAUCCUGGGAGCUGAUGUAUUAUACGACUCAAAAGACUUCGAUAAUCUCUUCACGACAGUCACUUUCCUGCUUCAGAAUACCCCUGGAUCCGUCUUUAUAACAUCUUACCAUAACCGAAGUGGUCAUCAUCUUAUAGAAUAUUUAAUGGUGAAAUGGAGCUUAAAAUGCACUAAACUUCUUGAUGCAUUUUCUUUCAUGCCAUCUUGCAAGUCUUCCAGCCUAACGGGGAACAUUCUAUUAGUAGAAAUAACAUUGGAUGGUCAAUAGUCACGAGCAUGAGGUAUCACAUCAAGUGCAGAAGCCUUUGCGAUUCAGAAGGCGGUGAAGUGGGCUUUAAAACUACAACUCAGAGAAUCCAAGCUUCAAAGCAAUAUAGCAAAGGUGUGGUUUUCCUUUUGAACAAGAAGCCUGCAAGUUGUGAUUAGAGAGCAAAGACUAUCUUAUCAAAUGUCCAAGGUUUUGAGGAGAAUUUUGCAAGAUGGUAAGGUAGCCAUGGGAGUGCACAUUUACUAGAAGUUUGGAGUACGUCCAAAAGUUAAAUUACCAAAGUUAACUUCCAACUGGGCCCACCUUGGUAUUUUAAGAGAAGGAAACCUCUUCUUUCAAAACCUCCCUACUCUCAAGAAACCAAAAGACUUGUAUUCUUUGCUCGUCAUGUCAUGUGUGCUGAAUUAAUCUCAUAUAUGCCUUUCAAUUAGGUUUUUUUUCUUCUAUUUGUGCGGUACCAAUUGAAGAGCAGAUCAAAAAGAUGAAUUAUAUUUGUGCAGAAUAUGGUGGCCUUCCCGAGGAAUUAUAUUUGGAAAAUAUUCUCACCAUAUUACCAGCUAAGGAUCUAGCUAUGUGCAGUUGUGUCUGUAAGUUAUGGUACAAGACAAUUUUCAAAGAUUCAAGAUUUGCUUCUUCUCAUCUAAUGCAGAAUGCAAGUAAAUAUCGACUAGUUUUUAAUCUCCUUAAUGUGUUGUUUUGGAAAGAUUUCAGGAAUUACUUUUUCAAUUUAGAAAAGGAAUAUGAUGAUGACAAAUUUCUAAGUUACAGAGAUAUUUCAUGGAAUUUGGAUAUGAUUAUUUUCGCAGACAGGAAAUAGUUGGUUAUUGUAAUGGUUUAACUUGUCUUAAAUCAGAGAGUAAAUACAGAGACAAGGAUGGUUCAUUUUCU